GGGAUGCGGUCAUUGAAUGUGUGUGAGAUAAAUAGAGCUUGAAGAUGGCCCCACAUCUUUCCCUUCUUCCCAACUUAAUUUUUUUUUUAAUUCUCUCUCUCUUCAAGUAUGGUCAAAGUAACUGUUUGUGGUGCUGCUGGUGGUAUUGGUCAACCUCUCUCUUUGCUCUUAAAGCAAUCCAAUUUGAUCACUCAUUUAGCUCUUUAUGAUAUUGUGAACACUCCCGGUGUUGCCGCUGAUCUUAGUCAUAUUAACACUCAGUCCAAGGUAACCGGUCAUGUUGGUGCAGCUCAAAUUGAAGAAGCUAUUAAAGAUGCUUCUAUUGUUGUCAUCCCCGCUGGUGUCCCCAGAAAGCCUGGUAUGACUCGUGACGAUCUCUUCAAGAUUAAUGCUGGUAUCGUUCGUGAUCUUGCUGUUGCUGCUGCCAAGUUUGCUCCCAAGGCCUACAUGUGUAUUAUUUCUAACCCAGUCAAUUCCACUGUACCUAUUGUUGCUGAAGUCUUUAAGCAAUUCAACGUCUAUGAUCCUCGUCGAAUCUUUGGUGUGACCACAUUGGAUAUUGUCCGUGCCUCUACUUUUGUCUCUGAACUUAUUGGUGGUUGCCCCAGUACGCUCCGUGUUCCCGUUAUUGGCGGCCACAGUGGUGUUACGAUCUUGCCUUUAUUGUCUCAAGUUCAGGGUACUGAUAAGUUAACGCAAGAACAAAUUGAAAAGGUAACUCAUCGUAUCCAAUUCGGUGGUGAUGAGGUUGUCAAGGCUAAAGAUGGUGCUGGUUCUGCUACCCUUUCCAUGGCCUUUGCUGGUGCUCGUUUUGCCUUGAAUAUUCUUGAUGCCGUCGUGGCUGGUAAGACAGGUAUUGUUGAGUGCACUUAUGUUCAUUUGGAUGCUGACAAGUCCGGUGCUGAGUCCGUCAAGAACUUGAUUGGUGGCGACAUUGACUACUUUUCUGUUCCUGUUGAGUUGGGUCCUAACGGUGUUCACAAGAUCUUGCCUAUUGGUGAAAUCAAUGAAUACGAACAAAAAUUAAUCUCGGCUGCCACUGCUGAAUUAAACGGUAACAUUGAAAAGGGUUCCAACUUUAUCACUGAAGGUUCCAAGUUGUAAAGAAAAAAAAAAAAAAUACAUGCAUAUUUUUUUUCAAAGAUUAUACCAAUAAAAAAAAAAAAUGGUAGUAUAUUAAAAAAAAAAAUAACUGAGGGGGUGGGGUGGAACAGUUAUUUUUUUUUUAUUAUUAUCAUUUAUUUGUAGCAAAAAAAAAAAACAAAC